AUGGUAUCUGAAAAUUUGAGUCGAAACGAGAGAAGCAGAACAACUCGUCAUGAAAAUAUUGUCGCAGCAAAGGUCAUUUCUGAGAUUAUUAGGACCAGUUUAGGCCCUAAAGGGAUGGACAAAAUGAUUGAAAAAGGAGAGGUUAUUAUCACAAAUGAUGGUGCUACAAUUUUAAGAGAAAUGGCCGUGGUACACCCAUGUGCAAAGAUGCUUGUUGAAUUAUCAAAGGCCCAGGAUGUUGAAGUUGGGGAUGGCACCAGUUCAGUAGUUGUACUUGCAGGGAGUCUACUUGGAGUUGCUGAGACGCUAUUAGAUAAAGGUAUUCACCCACAAUUAAUUUCUCAAUACUUUAUGGAGGGAUGUAGUAUGGUUGAGAAGAUACUUAGGAACAUGUCUAUUAAGGUUGAUUUAACAGACAAAAAUACUUUGAUUAAGUCUGCAUGCACAUCACUAAGCUCCAAAGUUGUAAGCCAUAGCGCUCAACAUUUGGCAAGUAUUGCAGUUGAUGCAGUUUUAGGAAUUUCAAGGAUUUGCCAAAAAAACUCUAUCGUUUCUGAAUCUGAAAAUAUGUUGCAAGACAUGAGAAAAACAGUAGAUUUGAAAAAUAUUCGCAUUGUAAAGAAGCUGGGUGGUACCGUUGAGGAUACAGAGCUUGUUGAUGGUUUGAUACUUCAUCAACAAAAAGUUUCCAGAACUGCAGGAGGCCCAACAAGGAUUCAAAAUGCACGUAUUGGCCUAAUUCAAUUCUGUCUUUCUGCCCCAAAAACAGACAUUGAAAACAAUAUUGUAGUAAAGGACUAUACAGCUAUGGAUAGAUUACUAAGGGAAGAAAGACUUUUAAUAGCCAAGAUGAUUAAGCAGAUAGCGGCAACAGGUUGCAAUGUACUACUUAUCCAAAAAAGUAUAUUAAGAGAAGCAAUUAGCACAUUAGCAUUAGAUUACUGCGCUAAAGCAAAGAUUCUUGUUGUUAAAGACAUUGAGAGGGAUGAAAUCGAAUUUUUAAGUAAGGCUCUCAACUGCUCUCCUAUUGCUUCGCUUGACCACUUUACUUCAGAUAAACUUGGCACUGCUAACUGCGUCUCAGAUGAGGAUUUAGAUGGAAAUGGUCGUAUUUGUAGAAUUACAGGGAUCCCAGGAAAGGAUAUGAUGACUAUAUUUGUGAGAGCGUCUAAUUUGUUAAUGCUCGAUGAAACCGAACGUUGUAUACACGAUGCAUUGUGCGUUGUUAGGAGCAUUAUUAAAGAACAAGCUUUAGUCCCAGGUGGUGGGGCAUGUGAAAGCCAGAUUUACACAGAGCUAUCUAAUUGGGCAAAGUCACUUUCCGGAGUAAAGCAAAUUUGUAUUCGUGCAUAUGCGCAGGCAUUUGAAAUUAUCCCAUAUACACUUGCGGAAAAUGCAGGCUUAAACCCCAUUGAAAUCGUUACUCAACUACGAAAGAAGCAUUUUGAUGGGGAAAUUUAUGCGGGAAUUAAUGUCAGAAAAGCAGCAGUCACUGAUAUCCUCAAAGAGAAUGUACUUCAGCCAUUACUUGUUAACCUCUCUUCUGUGAAGUUAGCCACUGAGACAGUGAUGAUGAUAUUAAAGAUAGAUGAUAUCAUUCCAUGUUAUUAA